UUAGUGAGUGGAUCGAGGGGAGCCUUUUAUUCGGUCUCGUCGAGAGGAGCCAGGUCUUCCUCCACCUAUCUGUGACGAUAAAGAAGCUGAUGGGCUGUUGAAAAGUAACACUUCUCCGCAGAGCCAAAGGUUGAGCCGUGGGAAAGGGAGCGGGGUCCCGCUCUGGCUAAAUUGUUUCUUUUUUGAAUGUUCUGAAGCUUGUCGCGCUUACCGGAGCGGAUCUUGUUCGGCGAAAUGGUGAAAUGAAGCGAGGGUUAUAACGUUUCCUCGCCGGCGGCAAGCUCCGCUUGUGGGCCGGUCGGUUACGUUACUGAGUUCCGACCCGACCAUUUUCCCUCGGGAGGGGGACAGAAAGGGGAUGUCUGAGGAAGCCGUCCGCCAGACACGCAGCCAGAAGAGGGCACUGGAGAGGGAUGCAGCACCGCAGACGAGAGAACCUUCCAGCCCUGGCAAUGGAAGCAAAAAGCCCAAGCUGGAACAGUCUCAACCCACAGCCCAGGAGACACUUUCAGUUAGACCUGAACCACAACCGGAACAGGAUGGUCAAAGUCUGACUGGGACUGGAUCAAAUGAGGAGCCGGGGCAGUUGGCGCCACCUUUGGAAUCUCAGCCGGUGAAAGUCGAGGCUGCCGGCGAAGCGAGCUUGGACAAUCAAACUGAAUGCAAUGACAGAGCAAAGAGGGAGCUUAAGGUGGAGAAGGAUGUGGAUAACACGACCCGAUUCCAGCCCACCGAACCAAAAGUGUCCAGUGGCAUGUUGGCUGCCAGCGAGGUGAAGGCAACCAUCAAAGUAGAGAUCCAGACUGGAGAGCAGCCAGUGGACAUGAGCACUUCCAAAGGUAUAAAAAGGGAGAGGCGGCCUCCAUCCCCCGAUGAGGAGGAUGAUGAUGUCAUCAUCUUGUCGGAUAACGACUCCCCGAGUCCACCUAUGAAUGGUCUGAACCACUUGAAGGAAUUGGACACCGACCUCCUCAUGAAGAGCAGCCCGGGCGAACGGGAGCGCAUCAUCAAGCAGCUGAAAGAGGAGCUGAGGCUUGAGGAGGCCAAACUGGUGCUGCUGAAGAAACUCCGACAGAGCCAGUUACAGAGGGACACGCUUCAGAAGGCAUCGGGGGUGUCAAGCUCCUCCGCUCCACCUCCUCUAAUACGCGGGACAAUUGGAAGCAGCAAAAGCUCACAGCAGAUUAUAUCUGGUCGAGGUUCAGGCACGGUCAUACCUCCGCCUUUGGUGCGUGGAGGGCAGCAGGUGUCAUCUAAACAUGGCUCCCAGAUCAUCAUGCCCCCUCUGGUCCGAGGACCACAGCAGAUCCAGGCUCUCCGCCAGCAUCAGCAGCAACAGCAGCAGUUGGUCGCCUCGGGAGGUGGAGGCUCAGGGGGGCCGCCUCCCCUGCUGUUGGGCGCCCGGACCUCAGCCCCUGCUGGCCAGGGUCAGAGAAGCAUGAUGCAAGCGGGCCUCAUCAGAGUCGGAAGUACUGCAAACUCACUGGGCUCGCCCGGUUUGAAGGUUUCUACCUCAGGAAGCAGCGUCGUCUCUCUGGUGGGUGCCAACGACAGUCCGGCCAGCCGCCAAGCCGCGGCCAAGCUGGCUCUGCGGAAACAACUCGAGAAGACGCUCCUUGAGAUCCCCCCUCCAAAGCCCCCUGCUCCCGAGUUUAACUUCCUGCCCUCGGCAGCCAAUAAUGAGUUCAUCUACCUGGUAGGACUUGAAGAAGUGGUCCAGAACCUGCUGGAUAGCAUUCACAGAGGAAAGACGGGGUCAGCUCCGCCCAAGCCCACCAUCAGAGACCCCAACAUGUGCACCCAGUGCAACACCGACUUCACGUGUAGGUGGAGGCAGGACAAGGCCAAAGGCGGCACUGUCCUUUGCGAAGACUGCAUGUCCUCCAAUCAGAAGAAGGCCUUGAAAGCCGAGCACACCAAUAGGCUGAAAGCCGCGUUCGUCAAAGCGCUGCAGCAAGAGCAGGAAAUCGAGCAGCGGAUCAUUCAGCAAUCAUCGUCGUCCAUCUCUCACGGUAGCUCGUCGUCCUCUUCGUCGCUGAAGGCCGAGCAGCUGGUCUCUCAGCAACUGAAGCAGGCCCGAGCGUCCUCCCUGCACCGAGGGGCCAACGUCAUCCACCAUCACUCCAUCAAGGGCUCCCCGGGCCAGCUAUCCCACAGCGGCAUCAGGAGUGUCCCCCACUCCUUCUCCUCCUCCUCCCAGCUGCAGAGCGCAGUGGCGGCGGCCGCCUUGGUCAAUCGACCAGGUAAGCACGAGCAUGUGACCCAGCGCUCUGUCCAGAUUUCAAAGGUGAGCAGCAGCGGAGUGGGCGGCAGCAGGAAUAUGAGCGGAGGUAGUGCCUCAUCCACUGCAUGGAAGAAGCAGAGCAACAGCAACAAAGGUGUGACAAUGGCGUACGUGAACCCCAGCCUGAGCGGACACAAAACCUCGGCCAGCGUAGACGCACGCCAGAGGGAGUACCUGCUGGACAUGAUACCCUCUCGCUCGUCUAUCUCGCAGACUGCAAACACGUGGAAAUAGAGAAAGAAUACAAAUAAGUCAACCGCUCAGCCAGCUCGACCCAAUCUUUGCUUUUCCCAAUGUCAUGGUCAACAGCGCACCCAGGAGGACAGUUUGGCAAAUACAAUCUCUUGAACAGUGAAGAAACCUUCCUAUCUUUUUUUGUUUUGUUUUGUUUUGAUUUUCUCCUUUACUGUUCAUUUAAAGGUUUUGGUGUGCCUCACAUCGUUUGAUUUGACUGGGGCAGACAAACAACAACAACAACAAAAAAAUACAUGAAACUUGGUAUUUUGUUCUCCCUGUCUGGGUCGUCAGGUAAUGAUUUAGUUUUGCAUCAAAAUGAGUCACGUGAGUGACUUGAAUGCUUGGUUGGAGUCAUGCGCACCCAAUAAAAAUACACAUUGCUUCAAGCAAAUUACACCGGAUUAAAGAUGUAAAUGUUUCAUUGCAUUCAUCCCUGUAGUUGAACAGUUGAAUUUAUUUUGUAUUUACAUUAAGUUAUAUUUGUUGUUCUUUUUUGGGGCGAGGACUGUUGGUAUUUUUUUUUUUUUUUUUACUUUCUAUAUUGUGGUUUCCACAAAUGAAGAGUUGCUUUCUGCUUCUGUUUCUUUCUGUUUAAUAGCAUGCCUACAUUUAACACCUAAUGUUCAUUUUGCACCUUAGCUAACAACGUGUGGUGUUGUCGCUCAAGCCAUCUGUAAUUACCAUCUGUAAUUUGCUUAUUUUAUAUUUAUGUCAACGUUGGCAUUUCAAUUUGGGUGUCACAUCUUCACUGACAAAAUGCAAACCCAGAGGAGCUGAAUUUGUCGAUCCUAAAACCAGAGACCAUGAUCCAUAAAUUAAAAUUGGAAGACACUAUAUCCAACUGUGAACCCAGCAAGCACAAGCCAA